AUGAGGUUCUUGGCGGUAGUGCUCCUGGCGGCCCUUGCUUGCGCUUCUUCAGUCGAGAAGCGAGAAGCGGACGCCGACCCUAGCCUCCCCAUCUAUGGACGUGGUUAUGGCUACCCUGCCUAUUACCGAGGCUACGGCUACCCAUACAGUUAUGGCCUCCGCCACAAAAGGUCCGCUAACCCUGAACCCGAAGCCGAUGCAGAUCCUUCUUACUUCUACAAUUACUACCGCCCCUAUUCUGUGGACUAUAACUAUGUUCGCCCUUACAGCUACGGCUAUCCCUACGGCCACUCCCAUGCCCUCCACAGGAGAUCGGCCGAACCAGAAGCUGAAGCCUCCUUUGUUCACCCAUACACUUACUCCUACACCCACACCGCUCCUGUCGUCACAUAUGGUUAUCCCUAUACCUACGGCUAUGGCUACCCCAGGGGCUAUGGAUAUUAA